AUGACGGAGUACACCCUAACUCAUCUCCGUGUCGGUAAGUACAAGAAGGAGACCAAAAUGGAUGCCCAAAUGACCAAGGAACUGCAAAAGGCAGCCAAGGCUAAGCCUGUUGAAGAGGUGGUGAAGAUUGAACCGACAGUGAUAAAAUUCAAACAUCAUGCAGAAGAGAUCGACCGUUCAAAAAUUGCAAAGAUGCAACGAAACAAGAACUUUAAG